GAAUUGCAACUCUCUUGCUCUGUCAAGACCCUCAAACGCCGCUGCAAAGAAGCUGGAUACUACUCUUGUAUCUGCUGCCAAAAGCCCUACCUCACUAAGACCCAAGCCAAUGCGCGGUGGCUGUGGGGGAUAGCACACAUGUUUUGGACUAUUUGGGAAUGGAGUCAGAUACUGUACUCAGAUGAGGUCACAUUUCAAGUUGGAGGGAAGAAAUGCAAGCAGAGGUGUAUUAGGAAUAAGAAGGAACGCUGCUACGGAUACAAAAGUCCAUUGAUCAACAUUCAUGGAACUGGGAAGAGUGGGGCAUUUACACAAACUGAUUACCUUGCUCAAGUACUCAAGCCUUAUAUUCAGGAUUUUUUAGCUGCUUUUGCGGCUGUUUUGGGGCCUGGGAAGACCCCUCAGUUCAUGGAAGACGGCAACUCUGCUCACGGCCACAAGACUACUAGCAAUAUUUGUGCUACUUGGCGUACUUCUAUGGGUAUUACUCUAUUCCCCCAUCCUGCAGUUAGCCCUGAUAUGAAUCCUAUUGAGAAGUGCUGGAGGAGAAUAAAACAAGCUCUCCAUAGGCGCCUAAGGCAGCCAACAACUAAGGUUCAAAUAGUUGUAGUAGUAUUAGAAGAAUGAGACAAAAUUCCUCAGGAAUGGAUCAAUGGGCUUAUUGAGCAGCAGGACUUCUGGGUACACGACUUAAUUAAGCGAUGUGGCUGGUCUACAGCUAAUUAAUUAAUAAAAUUCAUGAUUCUGAUGCCCUGAACGCACGGACUUUUGUCCCCAUGUUCGUAAGCG